AUGUUUGCCAGACUACACGCAAAAAGAGGUUGGAAGUCUCUUGCAAGAGCCCGCGUUGGAUCACGAUUUCUGUCGAACUCCAGCAUUGCCCGUGCCGCUCAAACGAAGGACAACAAUGAUUUCUACGACGUAAAAACCAAGAAGAAUGACUUCUUUCCAGUACAGGUUGACGGCAUUGAAUCUUCCCUCGGCAAGUACGAGGAGUUUGCAAAGGAUGCCCAUGAAUGGGAGUCUUGGAACUUACAGAACGAGGAUCAUCCUGAAUAUCCUGUCAAAAGGACUAAGAUUCGUCAUUUUACCCUGAAUUUCGGUCCUCAACAUCCAGCUGCCCACGGUGUGCUGAGAUUGAUUCUGGAAUUGCACGGUGAAGAGAUUCUAAGGUCCGAUCCUCAUGUUGGUUUGUUGCAUCGUGGUACGGAAAAAUUGAUUGAAUCCAAGACCUACAUGCAAGCAUUACCAUACUUUGAUCGUCUGGACUAUGUGUCCAUGAUGACCAAUGAACAGGUUUUCUCUCUUGCUGUGGAGAAGUUACUCAACUUGGAAGUACCAGAGAGAGGACAAUAUAUCCGUACACUUUUCGGAGAGAUCACCCGUGUUUUGAACCAUUUGAUGUCUGUGCUUUCGCAUGCGAUGGAUGUGGGUGCCCUUACUCCAUUCUUGUGGGGUUUCGAAGAGAGAGAAAAGUUGAUGGAAUUUUACGAGCGUGUGUCCGGAGCUCGUUUACACAGUGCUUACGUUAGACCAGGAGGAGUGUCGCAGGAUUUACCUGCAGGACUGUUGGACGACAUUUACAUGUGGGCCACACAGUUUGGUGAUAGGUUGGAUGAAACAGAAGAAUUGCUGACUGAUUCAAGAAUUUGGAAGCAAAGAACUAUUGGAAUUGGUGAAGUGACCGCCGAGGAUGCCCUUAACUAUGGUCUGUCUGGAGUCAUGUUGAGGGGCUCAGGUGUACCAUUUGAUAUAAGAAAAUCUCAACCUUACGAUGCAUAUGACAAAGUGGAUUUCGACAUUGCAGUCGGAACUAAGGGUGAUUGUUACGACAGAUAUUUGAUCCGUAUGACUGAGUUUAGACAGUCUUUGAGAAUCAUUGAACAGUGCUGUAACCAGAUGCCCCCUGGACCUGUUAAAGUUGAAGAUUUUAAGGUAGCUCCUCCCCCAAGAGCUCUCAUGAAGGAAGAUAUGGAGGCCUUAAUUCAUCACUUCUUGCUAUACACUAAGGGAUACGCUGUUCCCGCUGGAGAAACCUACACAGCCAUUGAGGCUCCAAAGGGAGAGAUGGCUGUUUACGUGGUCUCCGAUGGUUCUGAGAGACCUUACAGAUGUAAGAUUAGAGCACCUGGAUUUGCACAUUUGGGAGCAUUUGACCACAUUGCCCGUGGUCACUUUCUGCCAGACGCCGUUGCCAUUAUUGGUACCAUGGAUUUGGUGUUUGGUGAGGUUGACCGAUAG